AGCGCGCUGAACGUGUUGGUGACGUCAUGAGCAUAGUGAACCGCAAGUAGAGAGCUUUCGCGUAUCGAGAAAAUUGAAGCGUCCGGAUUCACUUUUCAGUGAAUCUGGAAUGAUAGUGGUAGGACAGUUGGAGGUUCUGGCGCCAUGAGCCAUGCGGCUGGGCAGCUGCGCGGCCGCACUCGGCAUCGCCGGACUGCUCUUUGCCGCCGCCGUCGCACUGCCUCCGGUCGUUAAAAUUGGGGCUAUAUUUACAGAGGACCAGAAAGACAGCACUACGGAAUUAGCCUUCAAGUACGCCGUUUACAAAAUCAACAAGGAUAAGAACCUCCUGCCGCGCACGUCUCUCGUCUACGAUAUCCAAUACGUGCCAAGGGAUGACAGCUUCCACGCUAGCAAGAAGGCAUGUAAUCAAGUACGAUUUGGAGUGCAAGCCGUUUUUGGACCGUCAGAUCCAUUACUGGGGGCUCAUAUCCACUCGAUAUGUGACGCCCUCGACAUCCCACACUUGGAAGCCCGGCUGGAUCUUGAUACGGACGUUAGGGAGUUCUCGAUCAACUUAUAUCCGGCUCAACACCUACUCAACCGAGCCUUCCAAGAUGUCAUGGCGUUCCUCAAUUGGACGAGGGUUGCUAUCAUCUACGAAGAGGAUUAUGCUCCUAUUGGUAGCACAAGAUUGCGAUUCUUGCAAAGAUUGAUAAAACUGCGAGAGCUCGUGAGAUCUCCACACAAUAGGGACCUGGAAAUCCACAUACGACAAGCGGAUCCCGAGACCUAUCGACCCAUCCUCAAGGAGAUCAAGAGCAAAGAAAUACACAACAUCAUUAUCGAUACGAAGCCUUCCAAUAUGCAGCAUUUUCUUAAAGGAAUACUUCAACUUCAAAUGAAUGACUACAAGUAUCACUAUUUAUUCACCACCUUCGAUCUGGAGACGUUCGAUUUGGAGGAUUUCAAAUACAAUUUUGUUAACAUGACUGCUUUUCGUGUUGUCGACGCUGGGGAUGUAAACGUACAAGAAAUUUUACGUGAUAUGACGAAGUUUCAACACACUCUUGCAAUGCCACCGGUUUUGAACAGCAGUUUUAUACAGGCAGAAGCAGCUCUAAUGUACGACUCAGUAUUUGUGUUUGCAAUAGGUUUGCAAACGUUGGAACAAUCGCACACAUUGAAGCUCUCUAACGUUUCGUGUGAUCGUGAACAACCAUGGGAUGGUGGAUUAAGCCUUAUCAACUACAUUAACGCGGUGGAGUUCAGAGGCCUGAGCGGUCCGAUAGAGUUCAAAGAAGGUCGACGCAUCCAGUUCAAACUGGACCUGCUGAAAUUGAAGCAGCACGCGAUCGUCAAGGUCGGUGAAUGGAACCCAGGGGCAGGGGUUAACGUCACCGACCGGGCCGCUUUCUUUGAUCCAGGAACCAUGAAUGUUACCCUUAUCGUCACCACGAUUUUGGAAACGCCGUACGUUAUGAUGCACCUCGGCAAAAAUUAUACAGGAAAUGGACGGUUUUACGGGUUUUGUGUGGACAUACUGGAGCGCAUAUCGAAAGAUGUCGGCUUCAACUAUUUACUGGAUUUAGUCCCAGAUAGAAAGUACGGCGUCAGAAACCAGAAAACUGGAGAAUGGAACGGGAUUGUACAGGAGCUUAUCUUGCAUGAACAACCGUAUGUAAUGCUGAGACACCAGUCCAAUUUAUCUGGAAAUGCUCGAUAUGAAGGCUUCUGCAUAGACCUGUUAAAAGGUAUCGCUCAAAUGGUAGGAUUUGAAUAUCGUAUAGAGUUAGUUCCGGAUGGAAAGUACGGUGCUAUUGAUCUAGAAACUGGGGAAUGGAAUGGAAUUGUUCGACAACUUAUGGAUAAGCGUGCAGAUUUAGCAGUGGGAUCAAUGACCAUCAACUAUGCGCGAGAAAGUGUUAUUGACUUUACGAAGCCAUUUAUGAAUCUUGGUAUCAGCAUUUUAUUUAAGGUUCCCACCGUUAAAGAAUCAGCAUUCUUUACGUUCCUCAAUCCUUUGGGUUUUGAUAUAUGGAUAUUCGUGUUCGGUGCGUUUUUCAUGGCAAGUUUUACGUUGUUUACAUUAGCAAGAUUUAGUCCGUAUGAAUGGGUGAAACCAAUACCGUGGAGACAACAAGAUUAUUUAGUAAAUGGUUUCAAUAUGUCGAAUAGCUUUUGGUUUAUUACCGGUACAUUACUGCGACAAGCGUCUGGUGUUAAUCCCCAGGUACCUACAAGUCAACAAACACGAUUAUUUUCGUUUAUGAAUCCGCUGGCAAUGGAUAUUUGGUUAUACGUAUUGUCGGCGUAUAUUUUAGUGUCCUUAACGAUGUUUGUUGUUGCGCGAUUUUCACCGUACGAAUGGCACAAUCCGCAUCCGUGUGAAAUCGAAAACGAAACGGUCGAGAAUCAAUUUUCACUUGCAAACUCGUUUUGGUUCACUAUCGGUACUCUGAUGCAACAAGGAUCGGACUUGAAUCCAAAGGCGACAUCAACAAGGAUAGUUGGUGGGAUCUGGUGGUUUUUUACAUUAAUAAUAAUCUCUUCGUACACUGCCAAUUUGGCGGCAUUUUUAACCGUUGAAAGAAUGAUUACUCCAAUUGAAAAUGCUGAAGAUUUAGCUGGCCAAACGGAUAUUCCAUAUGGAACUUUGGAUAGUGGAUCAACCAUGACAUUUUUUAGAGAUUCAAUGAUUGAAACUUACAAAAAAAUGUGGCGAUUCAUGGAAAAUAGAAAACCGCCAGUAUUUGUCCCUACGUAUGAAGAAGGAAUACAAAGAGUGUUAGAAGGAAAUUACGCGUUUUUAAUGGAAUCAACAAUGUUAGAUUACAUCGUCCAAAGAGAUUGUAAUUUAACCCAAAUUGGUGGACUUUUGGAUUCGAAAGGUUACGGAAUUGCAACUCCGAUGGGAAGUCCUUGGAGAGAUAAAAUAUCAUUGGCUAUAUUAGAGCUACAAGAAAAAGGCGAAAUACAACUUUUAUACGAUAAAUGGUGGAAAAAUACCGGAGAAACCUGUACCAGGAAUGAAAAAGGAAAGGAAUCUAAAGCGAACUCUUUAGGUGUUGACAAUAUAGGAGGAGUUUUUGUUGUUUUGUUAUGUGGAUUAGCAUUCGCUGUAAUCGUAGCUAUAAUAGAGUUUUGUUAUAAUUCUAAGAAAAAUGCAUUAGCUGAAAAGAGAUCUCCAUCUUCACCUCAUCAAUCAUUAUGUUCCGAAAUGGGAGGUGAAUUAUGUUUUGCUCUCCGAUGUAGAGGAUCUCGUCAAAGACCUGCUUUAAGAAGACAAUGUUCAAAAUGUUUACCAGGAGUUACAUAUGUCCCUGCCAUAUUAGAUAUACCCAUAAAUCCUCCGCAACCACCAAGAAGACAACCACCUACUAAUGGAGUAAAUCACAAUUACCAAGAAGAAAUUAUGCACCAUUUGGAUAGUCCACCAGUUGAUAUGCAGCAUCAUCAUUUACAUCAGCAACAUACUGAUCUUGACGUAAUGUAGAUGCUGUAGAAGUUCAAUUUCGUUCAACAUUAAUACGCGUAUAAUAAGAAAAACUUUUAUAAAAUAAGAUUAACGUACUUUCCAGAGUAAGUGUCGUUGUAAUUUCAUUUAUUUUAAUUUCAGAUGGCGAAAAAUCGUCGACUUCCGUCCUUUCCACGAUUUUUCGCCACACUUUAUAAUAUUAAUGUUUAUAAUUAGCGAAUAAUCGUACGAUUUAGUAAUAAUUGUAAAUAUAUGUGAUAAGUGUUCGAUAAAUAGCGGCAAUUACUUAAUUAUACUUAAUUUGCGAAAUAAUUGUAUUGUAUACGUAAGAAAAUUAAAUUUGAAAGAUGUUAUGAAUUUUUAUGUAUUUAUUAUUUAUUUAUAAUAGGAAAUAAACGAUAUCUAAAUUGUGUAUUAUCGAUUAAA